CAAAUGGGUAGCGGCUGAUCGGAAAAUGGGAAGAAUAGGGGUUGGCACGGGACGAGUUGAUUGGUGGAAAAGGACAUUGACUGGCUGUGUGUGUGGAGUAAGUUCACCUCCUCUUACCUUGUCAGCGGGCGAGAGCAGGACGAGAUUGUGACACAGUAUUUUAUGGAUUUUAUCGCCGGCGGGGGUGUGUAUGCGUUCGCACGGUGCCACCGACGCUUCAUUCAUCGCGUUCGGCCGCUCGGCGUCGACUAGCGCGGACAAUUUCAUUCAUCAUUUCGGGCGAGAAGCGACGACCAUCUCGACACGGCGGCCGCUCGCACGGGUCAAGUACAGUUUUAUUUGACACACCUGCCCGCACCCACGCAGAGAGGGCUGCAGCCCCCACCCCGUGAGAAUUUAAUUAUACAUAUCGGAGAGUGAGAGCGAGAGAACGAAUAAGCAAGAGGUGCAUGUUGGUGGUGAAAAGACUUGUUCUCGCCAGAGUUCGUUGGCCUUUUUGCGAGAAAGGUGGUUGGUGGACUUUACGAGAGAUUUCGAGCCAAGGGUGAGAGAUUAUUUGAUCGGACGAGGCGCGCGAGAUCAAUAGGAUUAUCGAAAGGCGGAUAAUGGUGGUGUCUUUAAUAAUAAAAAGAAGUGACAACAACACGACGACGACGACGAGGAGCAGAGGAGGCGGAGGACGAGUGGAGGCCGUGGGGCAGUGGGGGUGGCGAUGCAAUCCCGAGGGGUAGAUCCAUAUGGCGCUGGCAUCGGCGGCAUUGUGUCAGGUGGCAAUCGUUCUCCGAGGUCGGCGGCUGCGCGGAGCCGAUCCGGGGGUGCGCUCGCCCCCUACAUGAGCGGAGGAGGUCUGGCGGGCGAGCUGCCGACAGUCGACCGUUCGCCAUCGAGGGCAGCCGCCGCCGCCGCCGCCGCUUCUUCCACCCUCUACGGGCCGUACUCCCAGCCGAGCUCAGCGAGAGGCAGCCCAGUAGGCAGACGAGGGGCGGCAGCGUUGGCCGCCUCCACCGGCAGGCCGCACAUCAGCCGCUCGAGCAACAGUUCACCCCUGCUGGUGACGGGAGAACAUGCUUACUACCCCGGGGGCGGCACCACCUUCGGCAUGGACCCCGCGGGACACUACUACCCCGAAGACCUGCUAGGCAUGGACCCGUCCAUGGACAGGCGGACGGGCGCGCCCACCGGCCACCACCGCUCGCGCAGCGUGUCCCGCUCGGGCCCGGGGGCCGCCGGGGGCGGCUCCGGGCGCUACGCCUCCGAGCCGCCGCACCACGAGCGCGAGUUUGUGCCUAUUCGGGAGCCGCGCGAGCGCUCCCUGGACAGGGGGGGUGUGCGUGAGCGCUCGCUGGACAGGGGCGCCGGCAUGUACGGCAUGGAGGACGAUCUGUACGGGCCGCCCCCGCACCGGUCGGCCCGCCAGUCGCCGAGCGCGGCCAUGAUGGGGCCCGCGAUGGACGGCCGCGGCAACUACAUCGGCGAGCUCACCUACCAGAACAACGACCUGCAGCGCGAGCUCGCCACCCUCAAGAAGGAGCUCGAGCUCACCAGCCAGAAGCUCGGCUCCAGCAUGCACAGCAUCAAGACCUUCUGGAGCCCUGAGCUCAAGAAGGAGCGCGCCCUGCGCAAGGAGGAGUCGGCCAAGUACUCGCUCAUGAGUGACCAACUCAAGCUGCUCAACUCAGAGAACCAGAAACAGGCCAUGCUGGUGCGACAGUUGGAAGAGGAGCUGAGAAUGCGACUCCGCAGCAACCCCAGCAUCGAGAUGCAGUCCCAGAUGGAGGCCCUGUUCACCGAGAACGACCACCUCACAAGGGAGGUCACCAUUCUCAGGGAAACGAUCAAGGAAUUGGAAUUGAGAAUCGACACCCAGAAACAAACGCUGCAGGCGCGCGACGAGAGCAUAAAAAAGCUGCUGGAAAUGCUCCAAAACAAAGGAAUCGGUGGUAAAAUACUAGACUCUGAAGAGGGUGAGGCGGUUUUGGCCGAGUUUGAGUCCCGACUCUUAGACUCCGAGGCUAGAAUGCGGGAAUAUGAUGCGGUGUUGGGCGAUCGCGAGCAGGAACUCAGCUUGACCCACCGCGAACUGAAGAACGCGAGCGACACGGUGCGCGCCCUCCAGAGCCAGCUCGAGCAGACCACCCUGAUCGCGGCGGCGGCCAGUUCGGGCCAGCCGGCGGCCGCGACGGCCACGCAGACGGCGCUGGCCGCCAUUCUGGAGACGAAAGACGUGAGGAUCAAUACCCUGGAGAGGGAACUGGCGCUGCUUGAGCGCGAGUUGCACCGGAUUAGGGAAAUCCCCGAGCCGUUGCUCAUCCCUCCAUCCACUGCCAUUCAGCUGAUGGACCAGCGUCCCCUGAUGGAACCGUUCACCCACUUCACUGCUUCCCUUGGCCUUAAUGACCCGACACACGUGGACCCUCGCGCCAAGCGCCAUCUGGAAGAGUUCCGCAGCGAGAUCACGAGACGAGACCAAGAAAUGCUGGCGGUCAGUGCCAAAAUGAAGACGCUCGAGGAGCAGCACACGGACUACCAGAGGCACAUCGCCGUGCUGAAGGAGUCGCUGGCCGCCAAGGAGGAGCACUACAACAUGCUGCAGGCGGACGUCGAGGAGUUGCGUUCGAGGCUGGAGGAGAAGAACAGACUCAUCGAGAAGAAGACGCAGGCCGCCAUGCAGGCCUCGUCCGACCGCAACAGGGUGUCCACCGAGGUGCAGGAGCUGCGCGAACACAUGGACAUCAAGGACAGGAAAAUCAACGUCCUCCAGAGAAAGAUUGAAAAUCUGGAGGACCUGCUGAAAGAGAAAGACAACCAGGUGGACAUGGCGCGUGCGAGGCUGACGGCCAUCCAGGCGCACCACGGCGCCUCGGAGGGCGCUCUCUCCACUUUGGAGGAGGCCCUGAGCGACAAGGAAAAGCAAAUGGCUCAAUUGCGGGAGCAGCGGGACCGGGCCGAACGAGACAAGGCGGAGGAGCGGGAAUUGCACGAAAGGGAAAUCGCCGAGUACCGAAUGAAGCUGCACGCGUGCAACAGCGAGAUCGAAACGCUGCAGGCCCGUCUGGACCGCGCCCUGGCCGACAAGGACAAACUCGAGACCAAGCUGGAGAGCUCGCAGUCCGAACUGGGCAAGUCCAAGGCCGAGUUGGACAAGGUGAGCGUCGAGAUCGGCGGCCGCGGAGGCGAUCUGGAGUACACCAGGCAGCGACUGGCCCGGCUCGAAAUCGAAAACGAGCGGCUCAGAACCGAAAUGGAGCGGGCCCAGGCGCAGUUGGAUCGGUCGGUGACGCCGUCCCGCUUGGAGCUGCACGGCUCCAGCUCCAAUCUGUACCUGAGCACCAGCAUGGACCGGGAUCGAGACAGAGAUCGGGAUAGAAACACCAGCAUGGCCUUGAGAGGUGGCGCCGGCGGCACCAGUCCGAGCGAGGCGCGAGGGGGUCUGACCGAGAUGGAGCGGCUGCAGGAACGCUCGGACCGGAACAGUUCGGAACUGCGACGAGCGCAGGCCGAGCUGCGUCUGGCCAACUCGGAGAGGGACCGAAUCAGGGCCAACGCCGACGCGCUCCAGGAGAAGCUGGAGAAGUCGCAGGGCGAGGUGUAUCGGCUCAAGGCGCGCCUCGAGAACGCCCAGUCCGAGAAAACCAGCAUGACCGAGGAAUUGGAAAGAGCCACGCAGGCACUCGCUCGUCUGCACGCGGAACGCGACAAAGCCUCAGGGGACAUUGAAAGAGCCCGUGAUGACCUCGAAAGGGCGCACGCAGCCCUGGCCAAGGACCGGCUGCAGCACGACAAGCUGCAGGACCAACUGGACAAGGCGCAGUCUGAACUAGACAAGUCGCAGGAGAAGUUCGACAGGAUGUCAGGAGAGCUAAGAAGACUUCAAGUCGAGAAGGAGAAAAUGGUUUACGAUUACGAGAAUUUGCAAGCGCAACUGGACAAAUCGCAGGGCCAAGCCGGUCGCCUGGUCAAAGAGAAAGAAGCCGCCCAAUUGGAGGCAGACCGAUUCAGAGACAAGAGUGAAAAGGCUCAGGCGCUGGUUGGCAGAAUUCAAAAAGAAAAAGACACCAUGCAAGCGGAGUUUAUGAAGCUGCAAGAGAGGAGCGAGACCUUACAAGCCCAACUCGGAAAAGCCCUUAGGGACAAAGACACGACAGCUGCUGAAGUAGAAAUUCUCAGGGAGCGCGCAGACAAAGCGACGCAGCAGCUACAGAAGAUACAAAUUGAGAGAGAUGAUGCCGGAGCUGAAGUGGAAGUGCUGAGAGACAAGUUGGAAAAGGCGAGCUUUGGCGCGACGAAAGCACUGGAGGAAAGAGAUCUUGCGAAUAAGGAGUUCGAAAGGAUGCUAGAAAAAUAUGAUAGGUCCCAGGGAGAAGUGUACAGGCUGCAGAACAGACUGGAAGCUGCAGAAGCCGAAAAGGAGAGAAUCGUUGUUGAAGCCGAAAAGUCGAAUCUGCUGGGCAACAAGUCAAGGGAAGAAGCCCGCCGCCUUGCCGAGGAACUCGCCAGAACCCAGGAGCUUUACGAACGGGCCGCCCUUCAGCUCAGCCGAAACCGCGAAACCGAGGAGAAGACCAAGGACGAAUUGGACAGACUCACAGUCGACUUGGGAAUGGCCAGGGACCGUCUGGAGAAAUCGCAGAUCGAACUUCGUCGUGCCAACACCGACAGAGACACCCUUCGCGCCGAUUUGGAGCGCCUCACCUUCGAGUCUGAGAGGAACGCCGGUCUGGCCGCCAAGGCUCAAUCGGCGGCCGACAAGUCGAGCGACGAGGCCGCCCGUCUGCAGGCCGAACUGGACACAGCCUACGAACGGCUGGACCGGUGCGGUGUUGAGCUGCGCAGGGCCACCGCCGAUCUGGAUACGGUCAAGACCGAGAGGGACGCGUUGAGGGACGAGGCGGAGAGACACGCAGCCCGCGCCGGAAAGUAUCAGGAUUCGCAAGAACAGGCGCAGGCCGAGACGGAUCGGCUGAGGAGAGAAGUGGAGGUUCUGAGGGACCGCCUGGCCGGCGCCACUGCUGAGGCUGAAAGGGUCGGCUCGGCGGCCAGUGCAACCAGAGACGCCGAAGUCACUCGACUCAGAUUGGAACUCGAGGACUACCGAGGCAAGCUCGAGUUUGAGUCGGAGAGGUCAAGGCUUGAAAUCGCCAGACUUUCAUCGGAAGCUUCCAAACUCAGAGAAAAGAACGAGGUGACACAAACCGAACUGCAGCGAGCUCUUGUGACGUCAGAGGCCCUUCAGACCAGGCUGAGCGAAGCGCGCCAGGACGCCGAUCGUCUUUCGUCCACUGCCGACUCUGCCAAAGAACGCCUGCACAUCGAGUGCGAAAAACUCAGGGACCGUUUGGAGAAGGCCAGCUCGGAGAAUGAGAGGCUCAAGACGGACAUCCUGAAACUGGAGCGCGGCGGGCUGGCCACGGAGAACGAGAAGUUGGCGCGCGCCGACGCCGAGAACUCGCGGCUCUCGCGCGAACUGGAAAAGUCGCAGGCCCACCUGGCCAAGUACCAGGAGAACACGGAGGCGGCGCGAAUCGAGUUCGAGCGGAUGAACACCGAGCUGCAGCGGCUGCACGGCCAGCUGGAGAAGGCGCAGGCCGAGUUGGACCAAGCGCGACGCGAGAACGCCAGCUCGAGCGAGCAAGGCCGGCAAGUGGAGCGGCUGACCGUCGAGAGGGACCAACUGGUGAAGCAGCUGGAGAAGUCGCAGGACAUGCUGAUGAACUUCCAGCAGGAGUUGCAGCAGGCCGAGGCGGCCCUCGCGGCCAGGAGCAAAGGCGGCCAGGCCAGCGAGGUUGAGGCGCAGAGGCUGCGGCAGGAGUUGGACAAGGCGUUGCGAAUGGCCGAGAACUCGACUCAGGAGCUGACCCGGGUGCAGGCCAACAAGGAGGCCGAGGCCCAGCAGAUGUCCAAGGAGGUCGAAAUGCUCCGCGCCGAGAUGAUGCGCUUGAAGAAGGAACAGCAGACCAGGGACGCCAACAAGGACAUUGCGGCGGCUGCAGGAAGGGACGCGGCCGAGAUCGCCCGACUCAGCAAAGAACUCGAAACUGCCAAGGCCGGACUGAACAGUGCCAAUGUGGAGAGGGACCGGUUCCAGGCCCAGUUGGAAAUGCUGGUGCAGGAGCUGGAGCAGAAACAGCUGGACUUGUACGACGCGAAUCAAAAACUGCAGUCUGGCGCCGUGCAGGGUGACGCUGAAGUUAUGGCUCAGAGGAAACAACUGGAGGAGCAGAGACGGCGCCUUGAAGAGCACAGAAAGCAGUUGGAUGGAAAGGUCAAGCAGCUGGAGGAGAAGGAAAAGGCGCUUGCAGAUGUGGACCAGAAGCUCAAGAAGAGAAAGGAGAGAAUGGACCAACUGGAGGCACAAAUGCAAAAGCAAAUGCAAGAACAAGGAGGACAGAACGCCGCCGGCCAGCAGCAAAUGCAGCAAGGCCAGCAGCAGCUCAUGCAGGAGAGGGAGCGUUUCAAGCAAGAAAGGGAAAAGUUCCAACAAGAACGGAUGCAGGUGCAACAGCAGCUGCAGAAGUUCGCACAGGACCAGCAGAAAUUCGCGCAGGACCGCCAGCAGUUCCAGCAAGAGAGACAGAAAUUCGCUCAGCAGAAGCAGGCUGGUGGCGCCCCCGGCAAACCUGGAGCGCCGUCGCCCGAAGUGGAAAAGGAGCUCGCCAAGGCCAAGGAGGACGCCAAGAGGGCGCAGGAGGAAAUGGAGCGGCUCCUCACCCUGGUGCAAAUGAGCCAGGAAGAGCAGAAUGCCAAAGAAAAGACCAUUCAGGACCUACAAACAGCCUUGAAAAAUACUCAGGCCAAAGUGAAACAGCAGCAGCAGGCUGAAGAGGAGGGGAUCACAGACAGUGACCAAAUCGAAGAGCUGCAGGAGGCGCUGCGUGAAAGCGUCCGAAUCACUGUCCAGGAGGAGCACAAGCGACACGAACUCGCCAUCAAGGUUGACACUCUGGAGAAGAAAAUCCGAUCCUUGCAGUCAGCAAAAACCAUGAGGUGUCCCACCUGCCGUCCUCUCCUAAGUCAUAUUCCUGCCUUGCAACAAAAACUUGAUAAUGUGCUAAGGGAAAGAAGAUCGCACCUGGAAGAUUUACUUCAUAUGAAACAAGAAGCUUUGGAAGCUGCGCUGAGUGAAAAGGACGCUCACUUAGCUCUGUUGGAGGUGUCCGGUGUAAAAAAUGCAUUCCAAGCCGAGCAACUGGAGCGCCUGAAAUCUGACCGCGCCAGACUGAAACUAAGACUGCAGUUUGAGACCGAACAGGCAGCUCGACUAAUUCAGCAAUUUAGUGAAGACGAGACUGCGAUAAGUUCCGACCAGCUCUCAGGCCCUCCCUCCCACAUUCUUCUGGAUAUGCUUCUCACCGAACAGAUGGACGAAGACCUUCACGAUGUUGACCAGAUGGAGCCAGACAGCCUUGACGAGUCUUCAUCCCAACAAGAAUCUGUGAUGUUUGAGAAAAGUAAAACACUUGACUAAAAAGAAUCUAAAAAUCUGUGACUGGAACGAACAACCGAGUUCGGCUCUUUGUGUCUUGGUGUCUUAUCUUCCCACUGCAGCAGAGUGCAAACACUAUAUAAUUAUUCUCACGAUGUGUUGUUUCUCUCAAAGCAAUAAUCCGUUUCCUUGAAAAAUACAACUGCUCUCUAAAAGGCGCUGCGAGUAAGAAGAGAGAACUGCGACUGUAUCCCUUUGUUUCUGUGAAAUCACCGUGUACUUAAAACGCAAAAAAAAUAUUUACACAUAAUAAACGGAUCAAGUUCUUUCGGGCAGAGCUGUUGCACAAGACAAAGAAGGACUCUGGGAUGAGAAGACACUGACAAUAAAAACCAGCAGAUCACGAAAACUCAAAAAUCAGAAUUUAAAUAAAACGAGAAAAAUAAUUAUAAAUAUAUCAAGAAUUUAACCGAACAAAAAAAAAAGAAACAUGUUGUUGCAAGUUAGACGAGCAGUAUCGUUGUCUUCCGUUGCAGGAAGUUGCUGUUUAUUCAGAGUUUUUAAUAUCACUUUGUCAUCGACACACACUACUAUAUACACUGUUUAAAUUUUAGUGAACAACACAAGACGUUUGUAAAUAAUAAUUAUAACGUGCUACGCAAAAACCUAGUUUCUCGUCGAGUAAUUAAUAUGAAAAAUGCCACUAACUCUGUCGGAUCGUUAGAAAUCAAAGUGAGUAACAAUAUUCUUACAUCUGUGGCCUACAAAAUAUUAAAUGCACAACACACAUCUUGAUAUUCAUACAUAAAAAUAUAUGCAUAUAUUUGUUUUGUAACCAUCGUACCUUUAGUUGCGUAGUCUCUUGAAUCACACUCCUCACACACGUUUGUAUACUCUCUCUGUCUCUCUAAUAACAUGUGCUCUGGAAAAUUGUAUGUGCGUGUAUAUAAAAAAAAAAUAUCGAUAUAUUAAUUACUCUGCCCUAAAACUCUCUGACUCGUAGUUGUGAGCAAAACUUGAAUAGAUCGAGGAGCAAAUCUGGUUUUCUUUGAGGGCCGAAUCAAUCUAUUCGAAACAAAAUUUUCCUCAACCAAAGUCGGAUUUGCGAGAAAACUGUACACAAAAGUAGCGAGAAAUUUGUAUAAAAGAGAGGAAGCGAUGAGUUUGUUUAAAUAUUUUGUUGAGAGUUGUACGUACGAGAACAAGAUGAGUAACGUCUGUACUGUAAUGCCAGGAAUACACUGCCGUGUUAUGUGCUUGAAGUGAUUUGCUGCUAAACUGCACUUGUCGAUAAGUGCAUUGCAACAACAUACAACAAUGCAUACCAAAUGUAUAGAAAAAUUAACUGAUAAGGAAAAAAACCACUUUCAAUGGAUUGUAAUGAAGAAAAAAAACAAUGACGAUUUAACUAGUUAAGGUGCAGUGAACUUGCAGAGCGAAAAGAGUUUAAUAAUGAUUGUGAACUACGCUGGCUGAUUGAGAGAGAGUUUAAGAGUCGCGAGUUUGACCGAGUGUGUUUUGAUCGUAGCACAACCCCUUUGCGAUUUUAAUCUCAAAAAUGGUAAAAAAAAAAUUCGAAGGGCGAAUGGAACGGU